GAUCGCGUCUGUAAACAAUUGCACUUGGUUACGGAUAAUGCUUUUGUAGGUGAAACUGCGACAACUGGCGGCAACCAUACAUAAUUUUAGGUCACGUCUCGUCCUGAGCCUCUACUCUCGGCACCAGGACUGUAUGCUACUGGCUCAACAUUGUGUGGGAGUAAUGCUGGAUGGUGGUUGACUGUUGUCAACAAAUUUGAUAAAGGAAACACACGGUGUCGCCUUACGUUCCUGACCCCAGCAAAAUCUAUCAGAAAACACUUGGAAUUUGAACAAGUGCUCACUUGGCAAACCCUGAUCAAACAAAGAGCGUCCAACUGACGGGCUUCCAUAACCCGACAACCAGCUGGCGGCACUCGCCAAGUUUGACCAGAAAAUACUUCAUCAUGACCGAGCAAGUCGAACAAAAACCACGGCGGAAAACCUCGGUGUAUACGGCACCGAUGGAUAUAGCCACCGGGCUUCCACCGGGCCACGACCACGGAGAAACCCGCUCCCGUAAGGUGUCCUUUGGUAGCACCGGCAGGCCCAGGAACGUCUCGGUGGGGAGCAUGGAUGGUGAUUAUCGGACCCGUAAGCAGAGCUUCGGCAAUGACCAGGACUACCGCAACCGGAAAAUAUCCUUCUCUCGCCGCGUGCUCUCCGUGGACGAACGGGGUUGGGGUACGGACGGCUCGGCGACUGGCCGGGGGACAACUCGACCGAACACCUACAAGAUGGACCCAGAGAGGCCAUUCAGAGAGAAACCGGUCAAACAAGUCAUCGAGAAUGUUCUUCAGGACUUGGAGAAGGUCAGGUACGAUAGCCCGGUCUUGAUGGCCGCGAAGGCGCGAAACAUCAGCGAUUCUGUCAAGCAGCGAGUGAAACUUCUCGGGUUCGACCGCUACAAACUCGUCUGUGUCGUCUGCUUGGGACAGAAGAGCGGUCAGGAAGUGCAAGACGUGGGGAGAUGUCUGUGGGAUUCGGCAAAGGAUGGUUUUGUGUCCGUCGUGUAUGAGAACCCAACUCUGUUUGCUGUGGUUAGUCUUUAUGCCGUUUACCAAGAGUAAUGCUGAAAGUGACUUGAUCGGUCUUCCAAAAGGUGGUCACCAAGCACCGUGUAUAUAAGAAAAGGUAGUUUCGCGUCCUUUUUUCGGUGUAGCAGGAGAUUCCGUCACCCGGGAGAUGCAGUCACCACAUCACAAAGGUAGACUUGACAAGUCCCGUGCUCGUGCGAGAUGUCCCUAAGCAUAUGUGCCGCCAAAAUGGUUGUUGUCCCAAGAAUGGCACAGGUUGGGGGACUCAGGUUAGAGGAGUUUCUGUGACUGAAAAUAAAAGGACUCUCACGAACGGCGAACUGUGUACUAACUACUUCUGAUAACGCCCUCAUUUGAAACAUCUUUCUAUGUUAUUUUUGGGACGGGUAGAUUUCCCUGGGACACCGGACAAAGAAAAUGGUGUGAAACUUGUCAGUGUAUAUUUCAGUAUGGAGAUACAAAGGUUUUUGAAAAUUACACAAACAAAUUAAAGAUGGUUGAAACUGGAAUCGGUUUCAUGCACGCAGUUCUCAGUUAUAUUUACUUGACACUUGGCACUUGACACCGUUUGUUUUUACUCAAAAUAAUGUAAUUGCUAACGAACAAUGCAAAGAGAAACCCAAACUCAACAAGAAAUUUAUAUUUUUUGAAAUCAUCAUAAUUUUAAUUCAUUAUAAUGAACGACCAGAUGCCAUUAAAAUAACAUGGACAUGAGUAAACAACAAUACUCACAAUGUGGGCCAAGAACUUAAAGUAAAAAUUAACAAUUAUUCUUUUCUUUUUUCCGAAUUGGAAAGUCUUUCUUUAGGGGUUCUCUUUUAAAAUAAUCAUUCCAGACCAUUUAUGGAUAAAAAACUUCAUGCAUUUUCGAGAGUUGUAAAUUUCACCAAAGCUUUCUUACUUGUACAAGAUUUGUUUUCCCAAAAAUGAUUGAUGGAGAAAUUGGUUUAGCAUUUACAGAAACUGUUCACCUGCAGUUUUAUAACAAUAACCACUUUGCAUGCUUCUAAAUUUUCAAUUAAAAAAAAGCUGGAUCGGCAAAAAC